CCCGGGCGCGGCGCCGCCGGCACCGGAGAGGCGCGGCUGCCGGCGCGGGCUGCGGGAGCCGGGCCGCGGCGGGCGCCCGGGCGGGGUAGCGGUCUCUGCCGCCUCGGCCGGCUGGUCCCUGCGGCGGCUGCCCGGAGGCCUGGGCGCGCGGCCCUUCGCCAUGUACACCUUCGUGGUGCGCGACGAGAACAGCAGCGUCUACGCCGAGGUCUCCCGGCUGCUCCUCGCCACCGGCUACUGGAAGAGGCUGCGGCGAGACAACCCCAGGUUCAACUUGAUGUUGGGAGAGAGGAACCGGCUGCCCUUCGGGAGACUGGGUCACGAGCCCGGGCUGGUACAGUUGGUGAAUUACUACAGGGGUGCCGACAAACUGUGUCGCAAAGCUUCUUUAGUGAAGCUAAUCAAGACAAGCCCAGAGCUGGCUGAGUCCUGCACAUGGUUCCCUGAGUCCUAUGUGAUUUAUCCAACCAAUCUCAAGACCCCAGUUGCUCCAGCACAAAAUGGAAUUCAGCCACCGAUCAAUAACUCAAGGACAGAUGAAAGAGAAUUCUUCCUCGCUUCUUAUAACAGAAAGAAAGAGGAUGGGGAGGGCAACGUUUGGAUUGCAAAGUCAUCAGCUGGUGCCAAAGGUGAAGGCAUUCUCAUCUCCUCAGAGGCUUCAGAGCUUCUCGAUUUUAUAGACAACCAGGGCCAAGUGCACGUAAUCCAGAAGUAUCUUGAGCACCCUCUGCUGCUUGAGCCAGGUCAUCGCAAGUUUGACAUUCGAAGCUGGGUCUUGGUGGAUCAUCAGUAUAAUAUCUACCUCUAUAGAGAGGGUGUGCUUCGGACUGCUUCAGAACCGUAUCAUGUUGAUAAUUUCCAAGACAAAACCUGCCAUUUGACCAAUCACUGCAUUCAAAAAGAGUACUCAAAGAACUAUGGGAAGUAUGAAGAAGGAAAUGAAAUGUUCUUCAAGGAGUUCAAUCAGUACCUAACAAGUGCUUUGAACAUUACCCUAGAAAGUACCAUCUUACUACAAAUCAAACAUAUAAUAAGGAACUGCCUCCUGAGCGUGGAACCUGCCAUUAGCACCAAGCACCUCCCUUACCAGAGCUUCCAGCUCUUCGGCUUUGACUUCAUGGUGGAUGAGGAGCUGAAGGUGUGGCUUAUUGAAGUCAACGGUGCCCCUGCAUGUGCUCAAAAGCUCUAUGCAGAACUGUGCCAGGGCAUCGUGGACAUAGCCAUUUCCAGUGUCUUCCCACCCCCAGACGUGGAGCAGCCGCAGACCCAGCCAGCUGCCUUCAUCAAGCUGUGACACAGGGGCACUCCCAGCUGCCUUGGCAAGAGCACGGGGUCCUGCUCCAGGGGACGGUGAAAUGACUGGAUUGCUCUUUAUCCAGCCACAGUGGGGGAAAGAAAGGCAACUCGCAAAGAUGGGAUGGAAGAAGGCAUGUGAGCAGAAGAGGCGACUCUCGAAGAGGGGGUUGCUCAGGGGGCUUCCCGGGUGGAGCUCUCAGCAAUGCUGUUGAGACUUUUGAAAACUGAAGCAAAUGUCUCUGAGAAGAUAACAAAAUAUUAUUCUUGGGGGGGAAAGCAGGGAUUUGUCUUUCUAUGUUCUCAUCCUUUAAAACAACUUUGUACACAAAGGCAGCCUUGUGAGCAGAGCCCCUUCCCCUCUCCCCGGGAACAGCAGGGCACUGGGACCUCUGGUCGGUGCCUCCCACCCACUGCAGCCCUAGUGCCUUAGCUCCAUGCCCGGCUGCAGCCCUGCUGCUCUGGGCCAUGGAUUGAACUUCAGAGCAUUUUGGAAGUUGCCUGCGUGUUCCCCGCCCAUCCGCUUCAUAACACUCUGCUACACCAAGCUCUGGACAAGCAUGCACCAACAGUCCUUAGUUUUGUGCUGGGCGCUGGCCUCUCGGCGAAGGUGGUCCCUCAUCACCUUCCUGAUGGCGUUUGGUCAGUCACCUGUCAGGGUUUGUGCGGGUUGGGCCCUAAACAGCAUAUGCUGCUCUAAGUCUGCUCUCUGCAUGUUUUAGAAACAAAGUGGCAAGUCUGCCCUGAACCUGUAAGCAUCAAAUAAGCAUGAGAGAGAAAAAACAUGAUAUAUUGCUUUACUUGAUAGGUUGAAUGUGGUAGGUCUUUCAAAAUAUGAUGAUUCAAUUUUUUCUUUGUUUUAACCAGAAUUCUAAAUGCAAGUUUGCUGAGUUCCCUUUUUUUUUUAAACCUUUGUAAAAACCUCUCUGAGGAUCAGAAGACAGUAAAAUUCCACUCCCCAAGUGGCCCUGCCCCAGACACAGGUUGCUUUCCUCUUUUUGUUCUUCGUGUGUUAUGCAGUAGCUAGAGGGUCAGGUUUCCUUCCAGGAAGGAUUCUGAGUUCCUGUGCAUCAGGAGAAUAUAUAUCCUGCCUGAAUGUAAAAGUCCUCUAGAAUGGGAAAAAAGUGGUUUCAGCUCCACACAGGGUCUUGUGAGUCUCAACAAAUGUGUACUGUUAGAAGUGGUUUCCACUUACUCAAUUAACUAAUACUUUGUAGGCUUUUCAGGAGGCCACAUUACUAGCAGUAGGAAGAACAAGAUGUCAUUUGUGUUCAGUGUGAGCUGAGUAAUCAGGCCUUUCCUAGAGUGUCCUGGAAAUCACAGUGACCCAUUGAAAACCGCACUCCUCCCCAGAACGUGGCAUGUCCUUUCUUCAUGCCUGUGUGCACUGCAUUCAUUGUUUCUACUUGGCUCACGAAAACAUUUCUGCAGUCAGGUGAGACUUUUACAGAAGAGGAGAAAAUGAAUGCCUCCUUGAACAUGAUAAGAUGUGAGAGCUUACAAUGAAAAGGCAAUGAUGAUAGAAGUUAUUUCAUAGGUGCGGCACUAGUUGAUAGGAUGUGAGGGCGUUACUUUGGGGUGAAGUGGAGAGGGUCCCAAGUGAAUGGGCUCUCAUGGCAAUUGGGAAUGACAGUAUAAAUGUCCUGAGGGUUACCCAGAAUACAGGUUUAAAAGUCUGCCUGUAGAGCAAAAUAAAACAGUCAGUUGUAAUUAUUAAUCCUUGAGGCCCAACGCAGCUGAUGGGUUGGUGUUUGGGAACUUCUGAGAAGGGAGUGAAGUCUGAUCAGAUCCUGGGAAGAGGUAUACCCAGUUAGAACGUAUAGGGUGCUGGGUUCCUGGCAAGUCUGGGGGAGCUGGUGACAGGGAAAGCAUGGACGUUUUUGUAAUGCUGUCACAUGCUAACACAGGUUUGUAAUUAUCUUUUGGACCCAAAUUACAUUGACAGAGAUAAGAAUUCAGAUGUUAGGAAGACUGUGAAUCUUGAUAGAUUUUCUAAGAAACCUAAAUCAAUGGCAUAUAUAUUAGGGAAGUAAGACUUUAAGAAAAAAAAAAGUUAUUCCUUAUUCCUCAUGUGGCUUCCAAUAAGUAUCUUAUACACUUAUUUCUUUUUUAAAAAUAUUUUUAAAAUUUUUUAAAUUAUUUUUUAUAGAGACGUGGUCUCGCUAUGUUGUCCAGGCUGGAUUACAGUGGCUAUUUGCAGUUGCAAUCAUAGCACACUGCAGCCUCGAAUUUCUGGGCUUGAGUGAUUCUCCCGUCUCAGCCUCCUGGGUAGCUGGGACUACGGGUGCAUACCACCAAGCCUGGCUUUAUUCAUUUUUGGUCAUGUGGAAUGGCUGGUUCUGAACUGUUCCAUUCCUUUCCAUGAUGUCCUUGACACAGAAGGUCAUGCCUGGCUCCCAGUCAGGCCUCAUACUUUUGGUCCAUGUAAGUGCUGCCCGUUGCUGGGGGAGGAGCUAUUGUUUAUUUGGAAAUAUCAGUUGCAAUCAUGGUUCUGUCAUUUGACUGCACAGUAUCAGAGGAGCCUGUUAACCUCUCUGUGCCUUAGUUUCUUAGCCCAUGAAAGAGAUCAUUGCCUGACCCAGGGACUACCUCAAGGGCUUUUGAUGAAGACAAGUGACAGUAGGAAGACGCAAAGCCUUUAAUACCAAGGUUCUCAACAUUAAGCACAUGCUGGAAUGACUUGUGAAGUUUUUAAAAAAUGUUGGUGCCCAAAAAAAAAAACCAAAAAAACAAUGUUGGUGCCCACUCUUCCCCGCUCCUCCUGGCCAAUUAAAUCAGAACCUCAAACAGCAACAUCUUUUGAGAUGCCUUGAACCACUGCUUGAGAAGGAAGGACACACACAUUAUUACCUUGGAAGAAUUGCAUAAGGCUUAUGACUUAAAAAAAAAAAAAAUUCUUCUUGGAAACACAAGCAUUUCUUUAAGAAUGACCAGAUAUUGCCAUAUGUAUUUCUGGUGCAAGCAAAUGUUGUCUAAGCAGUUUCUCUCUUUGCUUGUCAUAGCAGCAUUUGGAAACUGGAACAUGCAUUCAUUUAUGUAAAUAGCUUAUGAAGCUUUGACAACAAAUGUAAACAGACAUGAAAUCAUAAACCUGCUAAAUAUGUAUUAAGGUUAUUAAUUAUUGAAAGUCCCCUUGCCCCACACUCAACUCCUAUGGCAAUUAUGAACUCCAUUUUACCAAGAACAUUUAAGUGCCUCAGCAUCUGUAUGAUAUAGUGGAGCAGGUGCUGGCAUAGGUACCAGCUGACGUGUGUCACUAGCUCUGUGGGAUGAUUGCCACAUACAUGGAACACCUGGGAGUGCUGGAAAUGUACUGGGACCGAAGGUACAAAGUGUGUUUUCAUUCACAGUGGAGGCUGUGGCAAGCAGGAGGAGGUCCAGCCCUCUUGCGGGUGUGGUAAGAGGCUCUACUAGCAAAGACGGGUGCCAGAGUGGGUUCCAUGUAGCAUGUGGGUGCUGUAGAGAAAAUUCAAUGAUGUAAUGACUGAUCCUGGACACAAAAUCUGUACUGGAGAGGAAAUGACUGCUGAAAUAAGGCAAUUGUAUGAAUAUUUAAAAUGCCUGAAACACUAAAGUAAAGUAAUGAUAUUUCAAGUG